CCAGCAUCGACAUGCGCGCUCACGUUCAUAUCAAAGUUUGUGAAUACAAUAUAAAUCAAGGGAACCAGUCGUAAGGCGUACGGACUGCAAACGGUUUGGAAUUUAGCGACGGGGUAUUUGUAUUUUAAAAAAUCGCCUAGUAACGAUAAAACGAAUGAAUUGGCGAAAUAAAUUAAAUUAAGUAUGGAGAGUUUUCAGGGGGCACGCGAAGGCUACUUUCUCUCUCUCUCUCUCAAGAAUAAUUAUAUAAUGCAGGCUAACGGUACAAUAAGUUGAUAUUCCCUGGGGAGAUUUACAGCGCGCGGUAUUUGUUACAGUUCUUCCAGAAUGGCAGAGGAUAGGGACUGCUGGUGACAGUGUGGCUUCGCUGCUUGUUACAGCUCGGCUCCGACGGUUUUGCAUUUUCUGUCUGAAGUAACAGAUUUGAUCAGUGACACGGCUGCAGACACCCAGUCUGCCAGCCGAGCAGACUGUAGAACUGUGAGCGCACCGCACCGCGUUUCAGUUCAGCUGCCUUGCGCUGGAAUUGUGUAUGAGGGAUAUUGUUUUGGGUCAUUGUCACUCCUGUUUUUUGUAACGGAAAGGAAGCAUAAUUCGUGUGAUUUUUUUUUUUUUUUUUUUUUUGGAUCCACGGAGACGAACCUCAUGAGUAGUGAGUCCUUCGCGCGUCCUAAGAGGAUUAAUGGCACUUUGGAAAGUUGGUCCGUGAUUCAAACCAGAAACUGAUCUUCACAAAAAAUGAGAAGUUUGUCUUUGUUUGUUUUACUUACAUUUUCGUGUGCCUCGUAUGUGAGCGGAAGACAUCCGGACUGUAACUUUCUGCUGGAGCUUCAGAAGGAUGAGGAGGAGUGCUACGCUCGGCUUCGGAAGCAGGAGAAACCCGUUUCCAAAGGGUGCAAAGGACUCUGGGACAACAUAUCGUGUUGGGACCGUGCUGAGAUCGGAGAAACGGUCACCAUCCCCUGCCCACGAGUUCUCAAAACUUUCUUCGGUAGAAACGGAUAUAUCAGUAAGAACUGCACGGCUGACGGCUGGUCUGACGUUUUUCCCAACAUAACCAGCGCCUGUGGGAGUGACACACGGCAUGACAAGCUGGUGUUUUACACGGUGGUGAAGGCACUUUACACCCUGGGACACUGCUUAUCCCUGAUCGCUCUCACCACAGGAAGUGCAAUCCUUUGUCUGUUUAGAAAACUCCACUGCACGAGGAAUUACAUCCACCUGAACCUCUUCUUCUCCUUCAUCCUGAGGGCGGUGGCCGUUCUGGUGAAAGACCACAUCCUGUUUUCCCACAAUGCUCAGUGCUCGGAUCAGACGUCUCUGGUGGGAUGCAAAGCCAGCCUGGUGGUCUUCCACUACUUCAUCAUGGCCAACUUCUUCUGGCUGCUGGUGGAAGGCCUGUAUCUCCACACGCUCCUCAUGGUGAUAUUCUCCGAGAACAGACACUUCGUCGUCUAUCUCCUGAUCGGCUGGGGGUUCCCAACAGUGUUCGUGUUUGCAUGGACCAUGACAAGAAUUUACUUUGAAGAUACUGGAUGCUGGGAGAUUAACGAGAACCCGGUUCCCAUCUGGGUGAUCAACGGGCCCAUCGUGUUCUCCAUCAUGGUGAAUUUCAUCCUGUUCAUUAGUAUAAUAAGAAUCCUGGUGCAGAAGCUGAGGUGCCCUGAUGUAGGAGGCAACGAUCAGUCACAGUACAGGAGGCUGGCCAAGUCCACGCUGUUGCUGAUCCCUCUGUUCGGAGUGCACUACGUCAUCUUCGUCUCUCUCAACGAGUCCCUGGAGCAGUGCAAAAUAUUUUUCGAUCUGGCUCUGGGAUCCUUUCAGGGCCUGGUUGUGGCCAUCCUGUAUUGCUUUCUGAACAGCGAGGUGCAGGGGGAGCUGAAGAGGAAGUGGCGGAGCCUGAGUUUGGAGUGCCUGAGCAGCCGGGGCCCCCGGCGCCCGGGGUCCGCCACGUACCGCAACGGCACGGACAGCAUCGACAGCACCGCGCACUUCCACCGGAACACCCGCGCCCAGUCCCUCCUGCAGACCGAGACCACCGACCUGUGACCCCACGACCCCACCACCCCGACCUGUGACCCCACGACCCCACCACCCCGACCUGUGACCCCACGACCCCACCACCCGACCUGUGACCCCAUGACCUGUGACCCCACGACCCCGUCCUGUGACCCCAAAACCCUGUCCUCUGACCCCAGGACCCCGUCCCGUUACACCAUGACCCCGUCCUCUGACCCCACGACCCCGUCCUCUGACCCCAGGACCCCGUCCUCUGACCCCACGACCCCGUCCUGUGACCCCACGACCCCGUCCUGUGACCCCAGGACCCUGUCCUGUGACCCCAGGACCCCGUCCCAUUACACCAGGACUCCGUCUCGUCCCUCUCCCAGGCUUCACAUGUGGAUCGAACGUUCCCCGUCCCGCGUCUUCAUCUGACAGAAUCAGUGAACAUUACCCGGGGCCGCGGGCGUCCGUCAGCCCAAACGCUGAAUCGAUUCUGGGAGUCGGAAUCGAUCCGUUUCGCUCGCUUCACCAACGCUUGGGGAAAUUAAAAGAUGUGGCCGCGUCUGACUUUAAUUGAUAAUCCCGUAUUAAUCCUGACAUUCGUUCUGUUGGUGCUCCACACCCCGCCCCCCCCCCCCCCUCGUGUGCCCUGGGAGGACAGUCACAGCCCACUGCCCCUGUUUUCUAGCGGAGAGAGAGAAAGAGAGGGAGAAAGAGAGAGGGAGAGUGUGCGUAUCAGGACCCAAAAGUACAGAGGUGGGCAGCGAGGGCCGGAUUCAUUCAUGGU